AUGGGUCGAGCGCGCGCGAAAGCUAAGAAGUCUGCACCCAUCGUGACAAGCUCAUCGCAAUCAUCCUCAAGCUCAGCAACACCAGCCAUUUCUGCACUCAUUGACAAGGCUCAAGAGUUCAUCAUACAGUGCAACUUCCCUUUGGCACGCAAAUUCAUCGAGCGUGUUCUCGCAAGGAACGAUGGGUCGGUGAACGAAAAAAAUCAGGCGAGGGAGAUGAUGGGUGUCGUUCUCCUCGAAACAGGGGAAGUGGAUGAAGCAAGAGAGUUAUUCCUAACGUUGCUUCCACCGCAUCCAACAGCUCCUACACCCCCACCACCCUCAGCGCACCUUUAUCUUGCUCAACUAUCUGCCGAUCCGCAUACCGCUUUGAAUCACUACCAGGCAGCUAUCGACAUACUUCAGACACAACUCAAGGGCAAGGCACCUUCACCCAUACAGGAAAAUGAACAGGACGAAGGAGAGGAUGAGGUGAAAAGUAAUAUCGUGAGGGCUUAUAUCGGAAUGGUCGAGUUAUGGAUGGACCCUGAAUAUGAUCUAUGCUUUGAUCCUGCUGCAUCAUCAACGUGUGAUCUCCUUCUGGCAAAUGCUCUACAGGUUGAUCCAUAUAACCUCGAGGCUCUGCAAUCCCUUGCUAGCGUUCGCCUCAGUCAAGAAAAAACGGAGGAGGCACUUGCUGCACUUCUCACUUUCCCACCGUCCUCACCAGAUGCGCCUCCUGCGCAUAAUCAAGCUUUAGUUGCUGCUCUUCCUCUUUCUGUGCGGCUUGCGCGCGCCAAGCUGCUUCUGGAGUGUGGCGCUUACCACGAUGCUCUCGAUGUUUUGGAAAAUGUUCUUGCGUCUGAUGAUACCUCAGUAGAAGGCUGGUACCUCAUGGGGUGGGGGUGGUGGCUGGUAGCUGAACGCCGGAAAGAAGGAGGCGAAGUAGAAGGAAGCGAGGGCCUUACAUGGGAGGAUAUAGCCAGAGACUCGAGGGACUGCUUAGAAACUUGCCGAACGUUGCACGAGUCACAGUCAGAUCCAGACACGCCUAUAUUAGAACACGUCCAAGAACUCCUUGGAACUCUCGAUGCGCUGGGUAUCCUGCCCUCCCCGAUCCAGGACGACGAAGAGGGCGACGGGGAUGACUGGGAGGAUGCCAGCGAUGACGAGGACGUUGAAAUGUCAUAA